UAUGACUGGCCCAGGCUGACCACCAGACACUAGGGUGGAGAUAUCAGAGCUACGGCCGUUGGCGGCUUCCACCACCCAACAAUGAAUGGCCGUCUCACAUCGAUUACCUCGGAUAUUGAUGAUCUGAUCUGCGCCAGUAUCCUGUCCGACCGAAAGCCUUUAAGGUGAUUACUGGAAGAUCGUCCUUGGUGGUUAGGAAGAGUGGCUGUCUCUUUGUUGCCCGCUGUUUGCAGAAACACCGACUGCAACAAUGGUCUUCGAUACUCCUGUCACUCGGAAAUUGGGCAUUGGAAUACCAGUUGUCCAGGGUGGCCUUCAAUGGGUUGCCUACGCUGAACUCGCAGCAGCGGUCAGUAACGCUGGUGGGCUGGGCAUCAUCAACGCGUUGACGCAACCCGAUCCAGAGACACUGAAGAAAGAGAUCAGAAAGACCAGGAGCCUGACAAAACAUCCCUUUGGUGUCAAUCUAACGCUCCUUCCUUCGCUCAAUCCUCCAGACUAUCCGGCGUUCGCACAAGCCAUUAUUGAUGAGGAUGUCAAGAUCGUCGAGACCGCAGGAAAUAGUCCCGGACCUAUCAUCAAGCAACUCAAGAAUGCGGGCAUCACCAUCAUCCACAAAGCAACGACAGUGAGACACGCAAAAGCAGCCAUUAGACUAGGAGUGGACAUCUUGUCCAUCGAUGGCUUCGAAUGUGCCGGUCACGUCGGAGAGUCGGAAAUUGCAUCGUUGAUCCUGAACAGCCGUGCACGACAAGAACUCGGCAGCACUCCAUUCAUUGCAUCAGGCGGGUUUGCAGACGGGAACGGCUUGAUGGCAGCGCUCAGUCUAGGCGCGGCAGGAAUUAACAUGGGGACGCGGUUCAUGGCGACGGUCGAAGCACCCAUACACAUCAACGUCAAGCAGGCCAUUGUCGACGGUGAUGAGCAUCAGACGACGCUUAUACUGAGACGCUGGAAGAACACGAGCCGGAUGUUCUCGAACAAUAUGACGGCCAAGGCUAUCGAAAUCGAAUCAAGCAGCAAGACGGGGGAGUUCUCGGAGAUUGCGCCUGUUGUCAGCGGCGUCUGGGGUAAGGAGGUUCUUGAACAUGGCGAUAUUCAACGAGGAGUGUGGUAUGCGGGACAAGUCAUGGGCUUGAUUCACGAUAUUCCGACGGUCGCGGAACUUCUCAAGCGCAUCGAACGAGAGGCAAAUGAGGUGUUGGCGAACCUGAGACAUUCGGUUGCAGCGAAGAGUAAGUUAUGAUGAUGGCCGGGAUGCUGGGACAUUCGGGCACAAAGGACAAGGCGCAUUAUCAGGCUGCAUGCAUAGGUGCUGGACGGGCUGCAGUCAGGGACAUACCUGUCUAGGUUAGGGAUGCGGGCGAUGACAUGGGAUUUCGGUGAGAUGAGACACUCUUACGUGCGUAUCCUCCUUUAUCGCAAUGAUAGAAUGUAACGCCGACUUGUGCCCAAAGAUUGAGAUCAGCUGCAUAUGAACAUCAAUGGGCAACCCCUGAAUCCCUGGUCUAUGCGAGUUGCUGUGACUUUUACAUUCCAGGGACUUAGUUGGGGCCCCGGGGAUUAAUCAAGCAUCACAUCUCCCUUAUUCCUCCCUUAACUAGUUGGCCGAGCCUAGCAG